UUUCUGCAACACAAAUUUAAAUCUAAAAAAUGCAGAUAUGUGAAGAAAUUGCAUCUGAAAUAAAAGAGUUUUUAUCAUCCAAAAUCUUUGAUCCAUUUGGCAACGAUAACGUUCCCACCUAUACACAAAUCAUCCUAGCAUCUUCAAUCGGUUUGAUCAUUGCCGCUGCUAUGCACAUUAGAUUCCGGAAAAUAAUACGCUACAAUAAGAACAUCAUCCCAUGGAUUCGAGUUUCUAAAACCAGACAACCAUUAAAGCUCGAGAGAUUCCCUGAUUAUGUAGCUCGGCUGAUGGGUUUCCAUGAUACCCGAGAAUGCCCGUAUUUGUGCAAACUAGCUUCUGAUUAUAUCAGGAAAGUAGAAGGAUGUGAGGAAGAUAUGUAUUCGUUCUUCGGUGAUGACUUGCAGGCUGAUUCAUUGUUCAUAAAAUUGGUUGAGGAAUUUGAGCGAUGUAUUCUUAGCUACUUCGCUUUUCAUUGGAGCCAUGCUUCUUUCAUGAUCACUCAGGUGUUGGGUCCGGAUGGACAUGAACCGAAAAAGAAAUUCAAGAACAUAGUUAUGCAAGCCACAAGGGAACAAAGGUUCGAGAGGGUGACAAAGAACCUAAAAGUUGCACGAGUGUUCACAACACUAGUAGAAGAAAUGAAGGCAAUAGGCCUUACUACAGAUGAUUCGGAAUGUACAGAUGUUAUGGUCCCGAUGGCACACAAAGACCGUAGUCCGGUUCUUCUUUUUAUGGGUGGCGGCAUGGGUGCUGGAAAGAGUACCGUUCUUAAAGACCUUCUCAAAGAACCAUUUUGGGCAGGAGCAUCAGCAAAUGCUGUUGUAAUAGAGGCAGAUGCCUUCAAAGAAUCCGAUGUUAUUUACAGAGCUCUAAGCUCCAGAGGCCAUCAUGACAUGCUUCAUACGGCUGAGCUGGUGCAUCAAUCAUCUACAGAUGCAGCCUCAUCACUCCUUGUAACAGCACUAAACGAAGGCAGAGAUGUAAUCAUGGACGGAACCCUCUCGUGGGUCCCCUUUGUCGUGCAGACAAUAACAAUGGCUAGAAACGUUCACCGCAAACGUUACCGUAUGGGGCCCGGUUACAAAAAGAAUCCAGAUGGAAGUGUUAUUGAGAAUUAUUGGGAACUUGAAGAAGAAAGUGAGUUAAUAGAUAACCAAAAGAGAAGACCAUACAGGAUAGAACUAGUUGGUGUUGUUUGUGACCCUUAUUUAGCUGUCAUAAGAGGCAUAAGGAGGGCGAUUAUGUGCCGAAGAGCUGUGAGGGUUAGAUCACAGUUAACAUCACAUAAACGAUUUGCAAAUGCGUUUAUAACUUACUGUCAACUUGUAGACAAUGCAAGACUAUAUCUAACCAACGCGUUAGAAGGACCACCAAAGCUGAUAGGAUGGAAAGACAAAGAAAAGACCUUACUGGUUGACCCUGAUGAGAUAAUCAUAUUGAAGACGAUAGAACGAUUAAAUGAAGCAGCAGACUCGAUACACGAACUUUACAAGCAGACAAACCCCGCGAACCAACAUGGGUCGGUUUGGAAAGACAUUGUAAUGUCACCUUCAAGGUUAAGCAUUCAAAAAGAGCUCAAGUAUUCUAUCCAGAAAUGUGAAGCCAUGAAACAAUUUUAAAUAUAUGUAACCUUAUUUGAUGGAUGUUCUAAAUUCAUUAACGAUAUAACCAUAGUAACAUUUAUAAAUUUCAAGUUACAAACACUAGCUUGUUAAUAUGUCAUUAACAAUAUCACUAAGUUACAUACACUAAAAAACAAAACAAGACAAAAACAAAUAGAAAA